AUGGAUGAGCCGGCUCAUCAGAGGUGGUCGGUCAAACGCUUUGUCUGGGUCCAGUCUCGAUCUCGAGGACCUAUCAGCUUAACUGACGAGAAAUACGAACCAGGCGAUGAGAUGUCACGCUUUUCUAGAGAGCGACCAAGCCGCAAGCUGUUAAACAUUGCGAAAUGGCUUGCCUUUUCUGCCUGCGGCUUUUAUCUCGUCUCCAGCAGAUUAAUUUCUAACACUACACCAACCACAGAGCCCGUGCAUGUUUCCGCCCCCGUCCUAUGCUUGGAGCCUGAAUGUAUCCAUGCAGCAUCCGAGAUUCUAUAUAACCUUGAUCCCCACUACGAAGAUAUUGAUCCUUGUGAUGACUUUGAACAAUACGCCUGCGGCGGUUGGAGAGAUCGUCAUGACAUGCGACCGGAUCAGGGCUCCAUAUUUGCAGGGACUAUUAUGGCAGAGAAUGCACAGGUCCAGCUGCGUCAUAUUCUCGAAGCACCAGACACCUCUGAGGGAGAUAAACUGUCGCCAGCAGAUAAGAAAAGCUUUCAGAAGCUAAAAUCUGCUUAUGAUUCCUGUACCGAUACAGAGACGCUAAAGGGGCGAGGAUCGAAACCAUUGAAUGACCUGCUCGAUCAAAUCGAGAUAAUUUAUCCCGUGCACGGGAAACAUUCAAAAACAAACCUGUCGGAUGUGGUUGCAUUUCUAGCUCAGUCCGGUGUAUCGGCUCUCACCGAACUUUCGGUAUCACCUGAUGAUCGCGAUCCGGAUAGCGUGGUUGUCUUCGUUACACCGCCACGACAGAUUGGCCUUCCCGCUCGCGAGUACUAUAACAACACACAGACUGUGAAAGACUAUACCGGUGUUGUGUUGAGCGUACUUCACCAAUUCGAGUCCUCCAAAGGCGACGGUCUUUCUUCGUUGAGGCUUGCAAAAAAUGUAGUGCUCCUUGAGCAGAAAUUAGCAAACGCUACACCUGAUACACAGGCACAAGAAGACGUCACUCAGUAUUACAACCCAAAGAGCCCUGAAGAAGCCGAGGCCUUGGUUCCCGAAAUCUCCUUUAGCAAAAUUAUCUCGAAGUUGGGACCGAAAGGUUACCAGGCAAAGAAACUAAUUGUCGGCUCUCCAUCUUACUUGGAAGAGUUGUCGGCUAUUUUGAGCAAAACGCCUAGGGUGGUUGUCCAAGCCUUUUUCAAAUGGAAAGUAAUACAGACCUUCGCCGAUGAGAUCGAAGACGCUAAGAUUGCUCCGCUUCUGGAGUUUAACAAUCGCCUUGCCGGAAAGGACCCUCGAGCUACUGAGGAGAGAUGGCGAAAAUGUAUUCAAACUCUAGAUUUUGGCAUUGGCUGGACGCUAAGUCGAUUCUACGUUCUGGACUCCUUUUCUGAAGCAUCGAAGGAGCUUGGCGACCAGAUUGUAUCCGACAUCAAAGAACGGUUUGUCUACAUCCUGGACCAGACAAAGUGGAUGUCUCCGGAAGUUAGACAACUCGGCAAGCAAAAAGUUGCAAACAUCAUCCAGAAGAUCGGCUACCCAACAAAGAGCCCUAAUUUAAUGGACGACGACGACGUGAACAACUAUUAUGCAGACCUCCACAUUGCGAAUGAUACUUUCUUCGAGAAUGUGGUUAGUAUGACCAGGUUUGAGGUCAAACGUCAAUGGGCGAAAUUAGGAAAGCCCACGGAUCGUGAUGAAUGGGGCAUGUCCGCGCCGACAGUCAAUGCAUACUAUAACCCCCCGGGCAAUGAAAUUGUUUUCCCUGCUGGUAUAAUGCAGCCUCCUACCUUUUACGGACCGAAUGCCCCUCUUUAUUUAGCCUAUGGAGCCUUUGGCGCGGUCAGUGGUCAUGAGCUCUCGCAUGCCUUUGAUUCUGGCGGUAGACACUACGACCAGAUCGGUAAUUACACCGACUGGUGGAACAACAAAACAGUAGAAGCAUUCGAGGACCGUGCGCAAUGUUUCAUUGACCAAUACUCUAACUAUACAGUCCCUGGCCCUGAUCCAGACUCGGAGCCACUUCACGUUAAUGGCAGGCUGACACUAGGCGAGAACAUUGCCGAUGCUGGCGGGUUGUCGGCCUCAUAUUUUGCCUGGAAGAAACAUGACGACUCUCGUCCUGAUAAAUCGCUGCCUGGAUUGACUCAUUUCACCAAGGAUCAGUUGUUUUUCGUUUCCUAUUCGAACUGGUGGUGCAGUAAGACCACCAAGGCACAGGCAGUCCGUGCUAUCUAUACCGAUCCGCAUGCACCAAAGCCAGCCCGUGUCUUGGAGACAUUGGCAAACUCGAGAGAGUUUAAAGAAGCCUUCAAAUGCCCGACAAAGGAGCCUUUGCAAGGAGGAUGGGGUGUAUCGGUUCGGAUGUACCUCUAUGUCCGACUAAAUCCGCUCUUGGCGGACGUCAUCAGCAAAAUACUCCAAGCGUUCUCAGAACUUGCGCGAUUCAACAUUCAACAUUCAGCAUCCACAACCAUGACACUUCAAUUCAUUGACAGCGGAGGGCCCGAUGGCAUCCGUAAAUUGGAAGGGCACCAGCGGAAGCUGAUUAGAAGCUAUGUCAUGAAAGGCAGAAACCUCAACAAGACAAUCCGCCGUGGAAAAUGUAACCAGCAAGAAUGUGCGCUUCAGAACACUGCACAGCCUACACCUACCUUUAAUGAGAAACAGUCUCAAUAUCGGAUCACUUCGAUUCCAAGGCGAGUUGGCGAUGAAUUUUCGGGGUUUCAAUUUGCUUUCGAAUUGGAACCAUACAUGAAACGGGCCAUGUACAACUUUUUGACGAGCCUCUCUGAACACAUAUAUCCCAUGCAGGUGUGCCUUCCGCGUGAUCCAACUGACGAUGUUUGGUUCUUUUACACGCUAGUGGAACCUGCUUAUUUACAUUGUUUACUAGCACUUUCAAUUAGUAUGAUAGAGUGUUUAUCACUGAAUCCACAAAAUGCUCAGCCGGAUGCAUUGUUUCACCUUGGUGAAGCGCUACGGCUGAUUAGCGAGACACUGAAGUGCUUCCAGCAGGAAAGGUUGCCUGACCCUCUCUUUGCAGUCAUAACAUCCCUUGCAAUAGCCGAUAGCUGUGAGGGGAAUACCAGUCGAGCACGGAUUCACCUAGAUGGGCUGCAGUGCAUGCUGGAGCAUGUGGGUGGCUUUUCGUAUCUGAACCAUAACCCGUCUCUACAGCUGAAGAUGCUUAGACUCGACGUUGAAUUCAGCGUACGGACAAAAAGUCGACCGCGGUUUUAUUAUGAUGCCAUUGACUCUCCAUUGGCAACAAUUUCAUUCAACAGGCAGCCGUCACCAUACCCAGACCUUGAGUCUACUUUUAAUUGCCUUACCGAGUUCACUGCAAAUUUUAGAAACCAGCAGUCAAACCCUGUGUACCUGCAUCCCAACACUUUCCACGCUACAAUCAGUUCGCUCAACUAUCGUUUGCUAAGUGUUACUCCCUCACGAGGUCUUCAAGAGGCUCUUCGGCUAGCUUCAUUGGCCUUUAUGACAUCCUGGUUUGGCUACGGGUUUCGCAUGCGCUACGAACUGCUCGGAUCCCAAUUACUAAACUCGCUUCUCGGUCUUGGUGACUUGGGGGCUGAGAAGUUUCCACUUAUUCUAUGGAUGGUAUUCGUUGGUGCAAUUGCAAUUUUCUCCGAUAGAGAAUUUGAUGAUAUAUCGCCAAUACUUGUCCGGACACUUGGAGCCCUGAAUUUCAGGGAAUGGAGUGAUGUGCAGGGAGUCCUCACCAAAUUUCCCUAUUUAAACCCCUUCAAGGUCACCUACCACCCGACUAGGAUUUUCUUUUGUUGCACUGCGGUUUUGAUUUCUCACUGGGCAGCUACGAUGACUACCGCAUCCCUUACUCCAGAGCUCGAUGGCCAGCUCGAAAAAGGAAUGGACAUUGAGAACAAUAAUUUGGAAAGUACUUCACCGUCGUCUGAUUCGAUCCAGAAGGAGCAGCAUGGGUCCCCUACUGAACCAGAACCUGUCGCGCCGCGGACAGUCACCGGCAUUCGGUGGUUCCUCAUUUGCGUGGCUAUUUUCUCAGCCAAUAUUCUCUAUGGCCUUGACACUACCAUUGCAGCAGAUAUCCAAGCGGCAGUUUCAGAAACAUUUGGCGAUGUCGCUCUUCUCGGAUGGUUGGGGGUCGGAUUUACCCUCGGUUCGACCGUGGCCAUAUUGCCCUUAGGCAAGAUAUUUGGAAACUUCGACGUAAAAUGGGUAUUCUUGGGGUGCUUGACCAUGUUUGCUGCUGGAAGUGCCUUGUGCGGUGGCGCUCCAUCGAUGAAUGCUAUUAUUGUGGGAAGGGUUUGGGCUGGUGUUGGAGGAGCCGGGAUGUACUUGGGGACACUGAAUCUCGUGACAAUCUUAACUACGCCAAAUGAACAGCCAGUGUAUGUGGGAAUGAUUGGGUUCGUUUAUGGUGGCGGAUGCAUCCUAGGACCCAUUGUGGGAGGAUCCUUUGCGGAUAGCUCAGCGACAUGGAGAUGGGCAUUCUAUUUAAACCUUGUCAUCUUCGGCAUCAUGUCCCCCAUCUAUCUAUUCAUCCUCCCUUCUGUGCCUCGCCGCACAGACACGCCAUUCUCAGUUAAGCUGCGUUCUCUCGACUGGCUGGGUAUUGUUUUAACAGCAGGUGUCUGCGUUACGUUUACGGUGGCCUUCACGUUUGGAGGCUCAAUCUGGGCAUGGGGUGAUGGCCGCAUCAUCGCACUCAUUGUGGUAUUUGGAAUCCUUACCAUCGUAUUCUGUGUGACGCAACGAUAUUGUGUUUUCACAAACACCGUCGACCGCCUCUUUCCGUGCGAGUUCCUGUUGAAGCCUCAGCUAGUCUUACUUUAUGUUUGCAUGGCCUGCGGAGGCGCUGCUCUCUUUGUCUCGGUUUACUACAUCCCGCUAUACUUCUUGUUCGUUCACGGAGACAAUGGCGUCUUUGCGGCUGUCCGCCUACUUCCAUUCGUUUGCUUUUACGUGGCGACCACGCUCGCCUGUGGCGCAAUCAUGAAGCGAACCGGCUACCACAAUGUCUGGUAUCUGCUCAGUGGCAUUUUCAUGACGUGCGGGGCGGCGACAAUGUACACAGUUAAAUACAGCACACCGGUUUCCCACAUCUAUGGCUUUACAGUCCUGCUGGGGCUGGGAAUGACGACUACACAGGCCGGGUAUGCUGUUGGGCCGUUGCUGGUGAAGCCGGACCGGGUGGCGGAAGUGCUGCAGUACAUGAAUAUCUCGCAAGGGUCUAGCCAACUAAUUGGAUUGGCGAUUGCAAGCUCCAUUUUCCAAAGUCUGGGAUUUAUGCGCCUUAAGGACGUGUUAGCUGACACCGAUUACUCAGACAGCCAGAUCCAAGCGGCUCUUGCGGGAGCGCGGAGUCAAUUACUCCAGACUGUAUCCCCGGAGUUAAGACAGCAGUGUGUGGAUGCAAUUGUCAGGACGAUUGAGAAUAUUUGGAUUAUGGUCAUUGCUGCGGGGGCAAUGUGGACAAUUUGUUCAUUGUUCUUAACGCGUAAGAGGUUUUUAUAG